UUGGAGUGCGAUGAGGGAAUUCUGAUGUGGCAAUCUCUGCUGCCUGGACAAAUGCAUACAAAUGCAUUUAGGAGCUCAACGGACAAGGAGUGGACACGUUUCCGCGGCAGUAACGUGGAACAUUUUCCUGCUCCUGUCAGUAUGCUCAGCAGUACUCUCUGGAGAAGAAGACUACUUUGCUCAAGGAGUGGACAUCCUCUAUCGAUUGGGGCUCACAGCUCAAAGCAGCACGGACAAUCCUCACGAGAGGACAAGCUCAUCUCCGACCACUUACACCAAUGUUCCUUCAACUUCGAAUGUCCAAAGUUCUGGAUAUGGAGUGUUACUCGACUCAAGCUCCCUCUAUGAGGCUCCAGCAAGCAGUCUGUUCCCUGCAGAAUUUGGCAACGAGUUUUCGGUUGUGAUUAGCCUAAGCUCCUGGAGAGCAAAUAAUGCUUUUCUUUUUAGUGUUAAGGAUGCCCAGGACAGACUGCGUUUUGGCAUUCAACUGCUACCACGAAGAGUAGUUGUUUAUACUUCAGAGAAAGCCUCCAUUUACUUCAACUACAACUGGGAGGAUGGUGGCCAGCAUCCAUUUGCGGUUGGUGUUCGUGCGCGUUCGGUGUCCUUCUAUGCGGAUUGUGGUGCGGUGCGGCAGCAAGAGCAGACCCUGGGGAGAUCCCAAACACUUGGGGAAUCUGGGGGUCUAUUCACUUUGGGGAGGAUGAACUCAAAGGCGGCGCCCUUCGGUGGUCGAGUCUGCCAACUAGAUAUCUAUCCCUCGGCCCAGGCUGCUGCCCACUACUGCAGCUAUCUUAAAAAACAGUGCCGGCUGGCCGACACUUACCGAUCGACAUUACCACGUCCUGGUUUGGAUAUUGAGGCACGUGAUCCACCAUCUAACCCAUUGACAAUGACCCCUCUUAGAGAAGCAGCUACUCGUACCCCUUUCAAAUUUUCAGGAGCUGAUGAAGUGUCCCCAAGUAGUUCAAGGACACAGCAUUCAACUCUGAGCCCAUCUGUACAACCACAUCUAAGGGAGCAAAGCUACACUCCUACAUUGGAUCAUUUAGCCUAUUCUGCCACAUUUUCCGUUCAGCCUGACAGGCCCACUUUAGCUCCUCCAGAUGGACGAGCAGGUCUGGGUCUUGCCCAGAGCACAACUACCACCAAGACCAAAAAUGUGCUUGCACAAGGUGACAGACCCCAAGAGGACACAGAUCUCUCUCAGAACAGCACAGAGAGUCAGAAGGCUCCAGAUUCCUCCCAAGGCCUGAUCUAUUCAGUCGGGGAAAGUCAAGUGAAGGAAGGACUCAGGAACAGCUCUAUCACCAAUUCUCAGACUCAUCACAUCCCAGAGAUUCAUCUAAGAGCCAACGGCACCACUCUGUACAGGGAGAACCAAGUGGAGACUUCAGAACUGCAUGAUUUGGAUGGCAGCUAUGAUGAUGUAGACAUGGGAGGAUAUGACUAUGGAUAUGAGGGGCCAGACUUCUUUUAUGACUAUGAAGAUGGCUUACGUGGACCCAAAGGAGAGCCAGGUCCUCCGGGUCCUCCUGGCCCCCCUGGUUUACCUGGUCCUUCAGGAAAGAGAGGUUUGAGGGGUCCAGCUGGUCCACAAGGAAAUCCAGGACAGCCUGGACCACCGGGGCCCAAGGGCUCAAAAGGAGACCCUGGGCUGUCUCCAGGUCAGGCUCCACCAGGCAAAAAGGGAGACAUUGGGCUGCCUGGUUUCCCUGGACCGGAUGGAUUUCAAGGCCCACUGGGUCCUAAAGGUUAUCCAGGCCCACCCGGACCACCAGGGGAACAAGGCGUACAGGGACCUCCUGGAGAAGCUGGAUCUGCAGGUUACCCUGGCAGGCAGGGUUCAGCUGGCCCACAAGGUCGUCCCGGGCCUAAAGGUGUCCGUGGUUUCAUUGGUCCUCCGGGUGUUGCAGGGCCACCAGGGCCUGAAGGAGAGAAAGGCAUUCCUGGUCCUGUUGGAAAACCUGGCCCCAAAGGAAGACAUGGUGUGGUGGGCGAUGCAGGGGAGAGAGGCGUUCCUGGACCAGAUGGAAAUGAGGGCCCUGCUGGAGGGAUUGGCAUCAGCGGCUUUCCUGGUCUGAGAGGGGACCCAGGACCUGAGGGACCACGAGGACUACCUGGUAUGGUGGGACCUCAGGGUCCAGCAGGACGAGUUGGUCUGCCUGGAUUGAAAGGUGAUAAGGGUGAAGUGGGACAAAGGGGUGAUCCAGGCGAGAUGGGCUACCAGGGUGAUAAGGGCGCUGCUGGUGCUCCUGGUCCUACUGGGCCCCGAGGGAAACCAGGGCCACCGGGUAAAAUUGGAGACGUGGGGCCACAAGGACCAUCUGGGCCUCCAGGACCAGAGGGAUUUCCUGGGGACAUUGGAGUUCCGGGGCCCAAUGGCCCUCCUGGACCCAAGGGCUUGCAGGGUGCAAGAGGUCCUCAAGGCCCACCAGGGCCUAAAGGAACAGAGGGUGAUGAAGGACCACUCGGCCCACCAGGCGGCAUAGGCCCAAUUGGGAGACCUGGAAGGAAAGGCUACAUCGGAGAACCUGGUCCUGAAGGUUUAAAAGGGGAGAAAGGGGACAUUGGAGGCAUUGGAAAAAUUGGACCUCAGGGUCCAAUAGGCCUAAUUGGCAUAGCUGGGGUGAUGGGGGUUCCUGGUGAAAAGGGUGACAGGGGACCUCCGGGUCCAACAGGUCCAGUUGGAGAGAAGGGGCCAACGGGUUAUCCAGGAGUGCCAGGAAGUCCAGGAGACAUUGGCAUGCAAGGUGCGCCUGGUCCACAGGGUCAGAGAGGCAGCUCAGGCAUAGCUGGGCCAAAGGGUAGGAUGGGGCCCCUUGGUCCAGAUGGUGCGGUUGGAGAACCUGGUCCUGAAGGCAUCAAGGGUGAAAAGGGUGAAAUUGGACAAAAGGGGGAACCAGGAUUCAUAGGCAAGAGUGGCAGUCCAGGAGAGAGAGGCCCUCCCGGAAAGCCUGGUAAAGCAGGUAUUCCAGGGAGCUCUGGGGAGAAGGGGCCUCACGGUGAGCCAGGACCAAAAGGACCUCCUGGAGAGGCUGGACCUGAUGGAGAACAAGGACCUGAAGGUGUUCCAGGCUUAGAGGGGGGACCAGGUGUCAUUGGCGAGCCGGGGUUAAAGGGUGAAGCUGGGCCUCCAGGAGCUGAAGGGGAACAGGGGCAGGAAGGAAUCAGAGGUGCUCCUGGCCCACCUGGUGAAGAUGGGCCUCAAGGGAAAGAUGGACCCAAGGGUGAGCCUGGUGAGAGUGGGCCAGUGGGAGAACCAGGGGACAAAGGGACAGAAGGAGACGCCGGGCCCCAAGGACCACCCGGAAUCCCUGGGAAACAGGGCUUUCGUGGACCAGAAGGAAAACUUGGUUCACCAGGAAACAGAGGCAGACAUGGAAAGAAAGGAGAGAAGGGUCCUCCAGGCCUUGCUGGUGAGAUUGGCCCUCGAGGAGAUGUUGGCCAGCCAGGAGAGCCGGGGCUGAAAGGUGCCAGAGGAACCCGAGGCACACCCGGUCAGCCUGGUAUUAUGGGCAUGGAAGGGCAACCAGGACUGCCAGGAUACCCAGGGCACCCUGGCAAAGCUGGGCCCAUUGGUCCUCCAGGGCCCAAGGGUGAAAAGGGUUAUCCAGGCGAGGACAAUAAGACACCGGGACCACCAGGGCCCUUAGGUGAACCAGGGCCUCCAGGAGAACAAGGAGAACGAGGAGAGCCAGGAAGUGAAGGAUAUCAGGGCCAUAUCGGUACUACUGGAUCUCGUGGGCCAGUUGGACCACAAGGGCCACCGGGAUCAGCUGGCCGCCCUGGAGAACCAGGCCAAAAAGGAGAAAAAGGACCCCCAGGCUCAGCUGGAAAGAAAGGAGCAAGAGGUCUUGCAGGCACCGCUGGCAGUGAAGGCCCUACUGGUUUACCAGGGCUCAAGGGAUUGAUGGGUUUUCCAGGGCCCAAUGGGCCCCCGGGACUGCUUGGCUUACCAGGACUACCAGGAAAACAAGGGCGACAGGGUCAGAGAGGCUUGGUGGGACAAGAAGGUCCCAUUGGUCGUCCGGGUCCCAGGGGAGAAAUCGGACUCCCUGGACAACCUGGAGAAUUAGGACCACCUGGUCAGAAGGGAGAACGUGGCCUGCCAGGAGACAGAGGGACCCCUGGACAUAAAGGCAUGGAGGGGGCUGCAGGUGACCAGGGCAAGAAGGGUGAUCCAGGACCAAAAGGACAACCUGGGGAAUCUGGUGAUUUGGGGAUGGCUGGUUUACAAGGCUUUCCAGGACCAAAGGGGCCAAAUGGUGAUUUUGGAAUGGCAGGCUUCCCUGGCCCUAAAGGACCUAUGGGUACAGUGGGAUUCACUGGACCUGUAGGCCCCGAAGGAAUGAUUGGCCCAUUUGGAAGACCUGGGCCAAGAGGUCCAAAAGGAAGCAAUGGUGAAAUGGGCCCUCAAGGACCACAAGGAAGUCCAGGACCCAGAGGACCACCUGGUGCUCCUGGUCCAACAAUACAAAUAUAUGAUGACUCAGCUGACUACAGUCUAUCGGAAUCCAAUGCUGACCUGAGGACAGAGAAUUUCCAGAACUCUGAAGUGACCCUGUCAGAUCAGAGUACAGAGAUACUUAUGACUCUUCGUUACUUGAGCAGUGUGAUUGAAAGCAUCAAAAAGCCUUUGGGCACCAAGGAGAACCCAGCUCGUCUCUGUAAAGACCUGCUAGACUGUCAGCAGCAGCUGAAAGACGAUUGGUUCUGGAUUGAUCCAAAUCUGGGUUGUACCUCUGAUGCCUUUGAGGUCUUCUGCAACUUUACUGCCGGAGGUCAGACUUGUUUACAUCCAGUGGCCUCUAAUAAGAUGGUUUUUGGUGUUGGGAAAGUCCAGAUGAAGUUUCUGCAUCUGCUGAGCUCUGAGGCGAGCCAAAGAAUCACACUGCAUUGCCUAAGUGAUCCACCCUACAGCAUCAAAGACAACUCCAGCUCCACCAAACCCAUUCACAGAGGGAACACCAGACUUCGGUUUCGUGGCUGGAAUAAGCAGAUGUUUGAGAGAGACACAUAUCUUGAACCACAUGUACUACUAGAUGAAUGCGAGAUUGAAGAUGGCAGCUGGCACCAGUCUCAUUUCUUCUUCCAUACUCAGGACAGUCAUCAGUUACCAAUAGCAGAGAUACAGGAAUAUCCUACGUCUGGGUUAAACAAACGGCAACACAUAGAAAUUGGUCCUGUUUGCUUCCUCUGACACUCGUGUCAUCCUGCAAUCUGCUCACUUUGACCACUCACAUCUCCAAAUGUUAAAAAAUGGCUUUAUACCAAAGAGGAAGAUUCGACAUUAAGAUAGAGGAUGUGUUCAAGAGCAUUUGCUUUGUUUGCCCUAUGUUCAGUUGUAGGCAGACCUAUGUGGAGAAACUCUAUCUCUUUGCAACAUUCAAGCUGAAAGUGGCAAAAUGAGAAGUGUGCAUACUGAUAUUUAUCAAUUAAAUGUAAAAAAGUUUGUUUUUUACUUUUUUGUUUAAUUCUUAUGGUGCUUAGGUUCACUGCCUAUGGACCCAUGUUACUCCCUGAUCACAGGGUAGGGCCUCAUGAUGCAGAAAACCCCAAAACUCACAUCUUCCGUUCGUCCCUCCCCUAAAACACUCUAAGAUCAUACUAAGCAGGGGCCCAACUCGAAGGAUCGUACCUGGCCACUGUCCAACUAAAGGUUUAUACAAGUGCAAUAGCAUGUGGAUAAUGUGCGAGUGCUUAAAAAAUGUCAAUUUACCAAUUAUGGCUUUAUGUAAGAUUGAUACUUUUGUCUUUGGUCCAGUCCAGUUGGACAUCUUGACUGCUGGUUCUACCUCUUCCUGGUUAUUUGCUUUCUAGAAUAUAGCAUGAUGUCAAAAACACUAAAUCUUCUGACUGUAUGUUGUAUGUACCGGUUACAUUAAGAUUUGCUAUGUUUAAUGAGUACUAAUGUUAAUUUGGUCAUUUCUUAUUUAUGAACCAAUUUUGAUACACUUACAUUUGUUUGUGGCUUUUCCCUGUAUGUGAUAGGUUUCUAAACUUAUCCCUGGUGCUGCAGCAAAAAAUGAGUCAUCAUUAAUUUCCUGUGUAUAUUUUGAUAGCAUAUGCCCUCAUAUUAUAUAUUUAUUUAUAGCAUUUUUCUUUUUUCUUUUUUUUUUCUUUUUUUUGCUCACAUUACUGUAUCGCAGUAAGUUAUACACUCAGAGAACUUUUUUGGCAAAUAACAACUCAGUCCAGUGAAUAUUUAUGUUUAAAAAUCUGUGAGUUCACAUCUGUCACUGAUAAUCUCAGUUUGUUCCAAGUUGGUUCAUAACUGGCAGCUAUUGUAGGCCAGAGUCAGAAAACACACAAAGCAGUCAUCAUAUUUUUAAGUUAUAUUAUCUUCAACAAAAUGUUAUUAUUUACAAUUUGUGGAGGAUAGCAUUGGUUGCAAAUGUGUAAAUAAAAAAAAUGAUAUUUUACAAAUAAAUGGAACAUUUUAUCCAC